UACACUCUAUGGCCGGCCGGCUCUAGCUUCAUUAAUAUUCAAGAAUUUUGGCUAUGUUAGUAACUCUCUUUGCCUUGUUUCUGCUGCAAGGAGUAGCUCAUUCUCAAUCAUUCUCCUUUCAAGACUCCACCAAUGUCCCAGGACUGCAAGUGGACUCCACUGGGAGAGCAUUCCUUGCUGCAGGCAACUACCUAUAUAUACUGAAUGCUCAGCUAAUACAAGAGGAGAGGGUUGAUCUAGGAGCAAAUGUCAUCAAUAGAGGACUGGCCCUGAGCUCUACUGGGAUGGCGGUGGUAUGUUUAGAGGAUCUCUCUUGCUCAGUCUACAAUGCAAGCAACCUCAGUGCUGGCCCGAUCAGGAGUGUCAGUAAUGCUAUAGCUUCAGCAGAUCCGGACUUUGGAGCAGCUAUCUUUACGUCAGGAGACACUUUCUACACUGGAGCAUCGACUGGUGUAGGAGAGAGGAUGGUACUGCAGCAAUUCGGAGAGGCGUUCAAUAGAUCUUCUGAUAAUAAUCCAUCUGGCUCAUUCAAUAACCUGAUUUUUACGGUUAGCGACUUUGCACGACAAUUCUAUGGUGGAUUUGAGAGUAGUAACUUUACCUUCUACGUUGUCGCUGACUACCGACCAAAUACUAUUGAUCGAUCUAUAAAACUUCUACGUGUUUGCAACCUGCCUGAUUGUGGAGGUCCAAGUACCUGUGGAGUGACUGCUUUGUAUGAACUGGGAUUUGAUUGUGGAGAUCGAACAAUCGGUGCAACUACUCGUGUGUGUGGAGUGUCAUUAGUGGAUGACUUUAGUGGAAUAUCUGGACCCACUGCUGUGGUAACUAUUUGUACACCUGGCUUCACUGGUAGAAGCUUUGUGUGUGUGGUCGAUGUCACUGCUGUCAAUGAAGCUAUGGACGAUAAAUAUGACUCUUGUAUUGUGUCACAGACUCUUGGGGAAGAAAGUGGUUUAGCAUGGAGAGCAGGUUCUUCACAGAACUGCAAUAGUCAGCUUCAGGGAACUGGCGACAGAUGUGACACACCCACUCCCCUUGGUACUAUCCUUCUGAACAAUGUAGCAUCAGUUCGUGUUAACUUUGGAGGUACUAUCCCCAUGGCCUCAGUAGCUGUGAAGGUUGAGCAGUUUUCCUUUGUGUUUGUGGCAACUGAAGAUUUGAGAAUGAGAGGAUACGAUGUCAGUGAUAUAUCUACCCUAUUCUACAAUCAGCCAGUGACCUCUCUUGUACAUCAGUUGUCAUGGCAGGAGGGAUUGAACUACAUCACAGCAGCCACUUCUUCCUCGGUGUUCCAAGUACCGAUAGAGGAGUGUUCCCAGCGUAUAGACUGUACUAGUUGUACCAGUGACUUCAACCCGCUGUGUGGGUGGUGUGUGGUGGAGAACAAGUGCUCUCGUCAGACGCAGUGUCAGAACUCUGGUCUCUCCAGUAGAUGGAUAAAUAACAAUGCCAAUUGUGUUAUUGCUACAGUGGAUCCUAUGCAACUUGUCCUCGACCAAGCAAUUCGUGGUGGAGAGUUCAACGUGACCGUGACCCUGGCUUCCCCCAGCCUGCCUGACCUCCUACCUGGGGAGAGCUUCUACUGUCAUCUUGCAGACAGUGAAGGACGUUUCCCUCCCAUUACAGUACCAGCUGUUGAGGUCACCCAGGGAACAGUGUAUAACUGCAAUAUUAUAGGACUAGUACCUGACUAUCCUGGAGUGACUGCAACCAUCAACCUGGGAUUUCAGAGCUCUCUGUUCAAUGAGCCAUUUGAUAUCACCAACCAAGCACUCACCAUCUACAGGUGCUCAGCAGGAGAAAGGUAUCACCUCAAUAUUCAAAUUCAAUAUUCAUGCUGUAAGGAUUGCCUUUGGGCCAACAGUCCGUGUGGAUGGUGUAACCUCAACAAGCAGUGCAGUGGAACAUCAGCUCCUUGCAGGAACGAAUCUCACUUCCUACAGGUGUCUAUGUCUACACACAUCACAGACCUAUGCCCCCUGUUAGACAUGCCCCCCUCUGGGGGAUACACUCUACCAGUGAGGGUGGUCCAGGACCUUCGACUGAUCACCAGAAACCUCAUACCCCCAACAAAUGGCUUCAAUUAUUCGUGUAUUGUGAAUGGAGUUAGUCUGACAGCUCAGUAUGAGGCCAAUACCUCUAUCCUGUGCAAUGUGGGCAGUGGAGACCUCAACCUGCCUACUGGUAGUGGUAGAUCCUCUGUAGUUGCUACGGUGAUAUGGUUCGGGAAUGGCGUCAACCACCCACUCAGCAGUGUCACACAACAGACUAACAUUACGUUGUUUGAUUGUCGUGAUUUGGGCAGUGGAUGUUCAGAGUGCCUUGCGUCCACAUUGGGGUCAGAGUUUACAUGUGGGUGGUGUGUGAUUAGAGAAAGCUGUGAGGUAUCACAAGAAUGCACCAAUGAUGUUUUCAUUACUGAGGGGAGAAAUUGUCCUACCCCUUUCAUCAACUCAAUCUCUCCAGAAUCUGGACCAGUUGAGGGUGGUACUGCAAUCACUGUGAUGGGCACUGACCUCGGAGUGACCUUUGGUGACGUUCUGAACGCCACCCUUACAUUAGGAGGUGUGGCCUGCACUAUCAUCAACACUGACUAUAUACCAGGGAGGCAGUUUGUGUGUGUGACCAACAACUUUGGAAAUACAGGCAGCAAUAUCUUCACUAUGGUCCUGUAUGGCUUUAUAGACGUCAAUGUAAACGCUGCUCCCUUCAUUACAUUGAAUCCCUUUGUUAGUAGCGUCAAACCUACCUUUGGGCCCAUGGCAGGAGGUACCAAACUGACUGUGAGGGGUACUGCACUAAGAGUGGGUAACCAUGAGAACACUAGAGUCACUCUGGUCAGCCGAGGGUCAAUCUACCCCUGCAACAUAUUAUCAGUCUUUUCUCAAGAGAUUGAGUGCACCACUACAGUAGCAAACCUCACCUCCGCUGCAGAGGUGGUGGUAACUAUUGAUGCUGCUAUACUGAACUUUGGAGUGGUGUUCAGUUACCGUAACAACCCCAGUGUGACUGCCGUGUUUCCUAGCAACACUGUUCCCAGUGGAGGCAUCACACUGACCUUUACUGGACUGGAUUUGGACGUGGUACAACAGCCUGUGUUGGAGGUGUAUAGAGGAACAGGGUCUCCUCUGAGAAGCUACUGCAUUGUUGUGAACAGUACCGCGAUCACAUGCUUGACUCUUAGUUUAGUUACGACCUCACUGACCCCAUUGAACUAUUCCCUGAUGUUUGAUGAUGCCCCGCCCACAACACAAGCACGACUCCCUAUCACCGUCCAAUUAGAUCCCUCCAAUUUUAGACUAGAUAGUUCUAAUAUUGUCACCAGUGGCACAGAGACGCUCAUACGCAUUGUGGGUGAUAAUCUCGACUCAGUGGAGACCAGUGAGAUACGAGUGACCGUGGGAGGGGAGGAAUGUAACAAGACAACCAGUAAGUCAAGAAGGAGUGACGACAUUGUCUGUACUGCCCCCUUGGAGCUACCAGGAGGAGAAAACCCAGCCAUGAUUCAAGUGAACGUUGGGAGCAAUAUCUCUCAAGUAUUGGACCGGCAACUGACUUAUCCAUUGCCUGAGGUAAUGGUUGAGCCAACAGUUCCUCUGGAGAUAAUCAUUCCAGUUAUUGUUGUUAUCUUUGUAUUGGUCGUGUGUUUACUGAUGAUUGUGAUUGUCUGCUUAUAUCUGAACUCGAGGAGAAAGUCCAUGUCGAUUGCUAUGCACCAACAAAUGGUGGAGCUUGUGGCUACUACUGGGAAAACUCCGGAGGUAGUGGAUGGAAAUAAUGCACUCGUUAAAUCAGAGCUCGAUGAAAUUGCCAAGUCCAUCCCAGACUCAUUCAAAAUACCAGCCUCCAUAUUGAAGCUCUCCAGUACUGCAAUUGGACAAGGUGAAUUUGGCGUUGUGUACAAGGGAGUCCUGACAGACUGGAACAAAGUACCUAUGCAGGGGGUGGCCGUGAAGACAUUAAAAGGUCUGUUCUCGUUGUCGGAUGUUCAGAGCAUGAUGUGUGAGGUGAACAAGAUGCAGGACUUUGACCAUCCUCACAUUAUGUCCCUGAUUGGGGUGUGUCUCGAUGCUGGCCCCGGGAUUGCCAUAGUGAUGCCAUAUAUGGCCAACGGGAGCCUUUUCGACUACCUCAAGAAAGAGAGGGAUAAUCUGGAGCUGGACGAUGACUGUGAGAUUGAUCAGAUUCUGGCAGUGAGGAAACUGCUACUAAAAAUGUGCCAUCAGAUAGCACUGGGAAUGGCCUACUUGGCUGAGCAGAAGUUUGUCCAUCGAGACCUUGCAGCCAGAAACUGCAUGCUGGACUCGGGAGGGGGUAUCAGGGUGGGGGACUUUGGUCUGGCUGAGGACGUCUAUGCUAGUGGCUACUUCAGACAGAACGACCGAGCCAAUGUGAAGGUGCCCUACAAAUGGAUGGCCUUGGAGAGUCUCAACGAUGCCAUCUUCACAGAGAAAACUGAUGUGUGGUCGUACGGUGUGACUGUGUGGGAGGUUUUCAAUGGAGGACGGACCCCCUAUCCUGCCGUGGAUCCGCUGUCCCUCAUCCAGCUGCUGGGAGAGGGGCGGAGACUAGAGAGACCUCUCACUGCAGCCUGUGCCACCGAGAUUUCUGUGGUGAUGCGCAAGUGUUGGAGGGAGGACCCAGAGGAGAGGCCAACCUUCUCACAACUGUCCUCCAUUGUGGAGAGGUUACUGGCAUCCAUCUCUGGCUACACUGAGCUUGGAAUGGUGCUAGUGGACACCAGUCAAGAGGAGGAGCUCAAAUAUGACUAUGUCCCCACGCCCACGGAAGCCUCUCAUCGCUAUGGCAACUUUCCAUUAAGUGACCCUCUAACAACUGACAACAGUGCGUACGGCCUCAGGGAAGAGAUAACUACAUGACUUGGACUAUAUUUAAAAUACAGCCGAACUACGAUGUCUGCAUUAUGUAAUACAAUUGCAUUGAGCUUUGUUUUUACUAAUUAGAUUUAGUUAAGUAUUGACUUACAUUCAGCUGCUGCAUGCUUAUACAUAAUUAUAAUGACCACUUGUAUAUUACUUAGUGCAUGGCAUUUAUAAUUAGAAUACUGUCUUUUUCUUAUAGUGCCAUGUACCCUAGCCAACUUCAUAAUUUAAUUAUAUCUCACAACAGUUCACCUGAAAUUUUAGAUAUUAACCUUUUUGUAAGUGUUGAA